AUGUAUUCUACGAUUUUCAGCGAGUCACUUUUUGUUAAAAUAUAUGAAACCGUAUGUAUUGGUAUCGUUGCUGCAGUUGAUACUUGGAAUUCGAUUGUUCGAUUAAAGCCAGACACAAGUGGAAAUGAAAGAAAGAAAAGUGAAUCAGAUAAACAAGAUAGUAAAAACUCAUCUCGAGAUAAAGGUACAUUAACAUGGAUUUAUAUUGCAAAGUUUGUUCCGAAUGCUGUUGCUAUUCUACUAUACUAUUUUUAUCCAAAUUCCCGUUAUUCAUCAUUGUUAAAUUCAAAUAUAUCAUUAAUUAUUGGAUUAUCAUUAUUCGUAAUUGGUUUUGCUAUAAGACAAAUAGCAAUUAUACAAUUAGGUCGGUUUUAUACGUACAAAGUUCAUGUAGUCAAUGAUCAUGAAAUGAUUGAUACAGGUUUAUAUCAGUAUAUGAGACAUCCAGCGUAUACUGGAACAUUUUUAGAAUUGACUGGUGCAGCUAUUCUAUACAAUCAUACAAUAAUAUCAUGCUUUUUAUCAUUGCCAUAUUUAGUUGUUGUCCUAAAACGAAUAAAACAAGAAGAAAAAGUUCUACUAGAAAAGUUUGGUCCAAAAUACCAGAAGUAUUGCAAACGUGUUGGUAUGUUUUUACCAAUGUUUCGCUUAUAA